GUGGCUGUGUCAAGCCCCCUGCACGGAUCAGCAUACGUGGCAUGCAGCGGUUGCAGAGCCAUGUAGGGGGGCUCCGUCUCUCGCUCGUCAAAUCGCGGGGCAUUGUGGGGCGGAGGCGGCCUUUCUCUCUGCGUCCGGGCGGUCUGGAAAUCUUCAAGUAAAUAACGUUAACCGGGGGGAGGAACGGUACGAGCGCAGCCUGCGUUAAGACACACCGAAACACUGUGUUGCGCUUCAGCCCUUUCACCAUUAACACUCGUUAUAUCACACGAACAUGGGGCAGGAGGAUCUCAUGAACACAGCCGAAGACGUGGCGGACCAGUUCCUGCGGGUAACCAAACAGUAUCUGCCCCACCUGGCGCGCCUCUGUCUCAUCAGCACCUUCCUGGAAGAUGGCAUUCGCAUGUGGUUCCAGUGGAACGAGCAGAGAGACUACAUUGAGGCUACCUGGAACUGUGGCUACUUCCUCGCCACGUGCUUUGUGCUACUUAACCUCAUAGGACAGCUGGGUGGCUGUGUCCUCAUCCUCAGUAGAAAUUUUGUACAGUAUGCCUGCUUUGGACUAUUUGGCAUCAUAGCGCUACAGACGGUUGCAUACAGCAUUUUAUGGGACCUUAAAUUUUUGAUGAGAAACCUUGCCCUCGGAGGUGGUCUGCUCCUGCUGUUGGCCGAGUCCCGUUCGGAAGGAAAGAGCAUGUUUGCUGGAGUCCCCUCCAUGGGAGAGAGUUCGCCAAAGCAGUACAUGCAGUUGGGUGGUCGAGUACUGCUGGUGCUCAUGUUCAUGACUCUGCUGCACUUUGACUCCAGCUUCUUCUCUAUCCUGCAGAACAUGGUCGGGACUGCCCUCAUCAUCCUGGUGGCUAUCGGCUUCAAAACCAAGCUAGCGGCGUUGACCCUCGUCGUGUGGCUCCUGGCAAUCAACGUCUACUUCAACGCUUUCUGGACCAUCCCUGCCUACAAGCCCAUGCACGACUUCCUCAAGUACGACUUCUUCCAGACCACCUCGGUCAUCGGCGGUCUGCUGUUGGUGGUGGCACUCGGACCUGGCGGAGUGUCCAUGGAUGAGAAAAAGAAAGAGUGGUAGGCAAAGGGGGGGGCAAGAUAAGAGGAUUGCACAGCACCACUAACUUCCCCCACAGAACUGGACACAAAGAACCUCUCCUCCUCAACCCCCCCCAUCAGGGUACACAGUGUUUUUGUUUUUCUCUAGGUUAUUUUUUAUUUUUAUUUCGCCAAAUCCACAGACACCAUCUCACCCAUCUAUGAACAGGUUUUUGUAUUUUCCUCCAAACUGCUGUUGUGUUUUUUAGUUGAACAUCUAUAAUGCCAGAUUUUUUCAAAACCUCUCUCUCUCUCCAUGACAACAAGAAUAAAAAGAUAAAAAAAACAAAAAAAACACCAGUACAUUUCAAAGUGCAAGAUAAACCGAAGAAAAGAUUUCGUAUUUGUUUCGUGUGCAGGAGGAGUAAAAAUGAUUUAUUAUAUUUUAUGGCUGGAAUGCCAUAAGUUAUAAUAGAUUAACAUUCAUAUUCUCUGUCUGAAACCAGCAAAUUGGAUUCUGCGUAGUUUAGGUCCCCCCUCUUCCCUCCAUGGAUUCUGAUAUUUUUCUGCCGUUGGAUCUUGGCGUGACUGAGACUCGACUCCUCACCAUAUCAAACCUGAGAACUGGGGCACUGAUUUGAGAGCAACUCGUCUCGACUUUCCAGGUUUCAUCUCCCGUCUUUAUUAUUAUUUUUUCUCUCUCUGACACUCUAGCCUUUUCAAUACAUCCGUAUACUUUCAGUCUCAACUGACUCUUGUUCACUGGGAGUCGAGUGUUGAAUCCAGGGGGAGGGGUGGGGCGUGUACAUUGUAUACAAAGUGGUGGAUUGCGGUCGUGCUUGAUUGAGAAAAACACAAUUGUUAGCUCCAGGACUUGUCAUUGGGCACUUUGUACUGUACGUCUUUGGCAAAUGCCUAACUAGUGAACUGUAUAUGAACGGGGUUAAUAGAGGGGAGGCUCAACGUUUGUGAAACACCAUAUUCUGCGAUCUAGAAAAGCAAAGAGGACUAAGCAGAGUCACUAGCCGCCUGGACUUUGUCUUUGCUCAGUGUUUUUUGCCCUGUGUAAGAAACUUAAAAAAAAUAUUCAGUGUAUUGAUUUUCAGAAGUUUAUAUUGUAUUUUUGAUCAUUUGUUUUUUGAUUUUGGAAGUUCAUGGCGAAGAAAUAAAAAUUCAAAACUAUAAAUCACUGUCUUGGUCAAGGUUUUUAGCUCUUAUCAUGUUACCAGAGGUUGAAGGACAAUGGAUAAUCAAAUUAUUGUAAAUUCUCCACGAUGAAACAAACCUGAAAUAUGAGUAUGAACACGCAGUACAGUAAAGGCUCUGUGAAAACCUAUUGGACAUCGCAGCCUCUCAGACAUUGGAAAUCAAAUCAUUGUUUUGCCAUACUGAAUAAAAACCCACAUAAGACUGAAACCAGCAUACAGGUGUUGUAUUGGACAGGUGUUUGAAUCAGCUGUUUGUUAAAGACUGAGCAAAUACUGACGUCUACUGGUGGUAAAGGUUUACUGCAAUGAAGCGUUUCAUUCUUUUUUAUUUAGCCAGGCUGAUAAAACACAGUAUGACUAUGGACAUACAGCACCUGAAGAUCAUUGUUGGUGUCAUGUCGCAGUGGGAUUGUAAUUGCUGCCAUGGUCGAAAUAAAUCUUUUUGUGUGUGUUGUUUACAGUCGCACCUGCUGAAAAUAAAAACUCACAACAGA